UAAUUUUAUGCAUUUAUUUUGAAACUAAUUUCAUUGCAAUUGCAAAAUAAUAUACUAAUAAAAACACAAAGUUUUAUAUAAAAUACUAGACAAAUUCGAGUUGAAAACAAUAAAAAAUAAUAUCACAAUGUUAGGGAUAUUUGACAUGGAAUUUUUUUGCCAAUAAGUAUGUCAUAUAUGUUACUGCUAUAAUCAUUGAUUUUCCUAAUAUAAAUUUGAAAUUUAUAACAUUCGUACUAAAUACAUUCUAUAUUUUCAUGAUAAUGACAGUUAGUCAGGAAGGAUUUAAAUACGUCAUACAAAAACAAGAGCGGCAAAAGAUAUGUUUUGGAUCAGGAUGUCCCCGCGAUACUUCAAAAAAAAAUAUGACUCCAUUUAUGAGAUAUUAUACAUUAGAAGAUCAUCCAAGUGUAACACCUAAUUCAUAUGAUGUUUUAAAAUCAUUUAAAACAAUUAUAACUAAGCCUUGUUCUCAUAGUAUUAGUAAGAGAGGUUACAGUGGCAUUGCUAGAUUUGGUAAAAAAGUUGAAGUGAAAGAUAUUUAUCCAUCGCCAUUAGAUUACAAUACUUCUAUAUUUCCUAAACUAAUACAUAAAUCAAAGUAUCCAUUUGAUUCUAGCAGCAAAAGACAGACUUUUGUCGACAAUACAACUCCAGGCCCAGGAAUGUAUGUUAGUAUUAAAAGAAAAGGUCCUACAUUAAAACACAGUUUUGGUGGUAGUGUAAAAAUGAAUCUUGGAGUAAAUCUUAAAUGUUGUAAUCGAAACACAGAUAUUUGCAAGAUAUGUGGGACAAAACCACUUGGUGAUUAUUGGCAUUUAAAAAAUGAAAUAUUUUUAUGUAGGCCAUGUAUGAUUAAAGAAUAUGAGAAGGAAACAAAGUUUAAACAAAAAGAAUUAGAACAAUUUCGUAAAAUACGAGAUUGUUCAAUUAUGCAUCAACAUGAAACUACAACUGCAAAAAUAUGGUUGAUGCAUCCUAGACGAGCUGUACAAUGGAUACACAAAGAAGCUUAUCUUUCUACUUACUUCAAUGAAUAAUUUGAUUUAUACUCUAUAUAGUUUGUAUUAAUAUAAAAUUUUCUAUUUUAAAAAUUUAACAAAACAGGUGAGGUGUAAUUUUAAUAUCUACUUCUGUUAUGUUCUAUGAACAAAUAAUUAUUUAUUAAAAAAUUUUAUAUUUAUUUGACAUGUUAUGGAUUUAAUUAAUAAUUUAUUUAAAAAAUUUCUUUUUAUUUGUGUACACAAAAAAAGUAUAUGAAAAAUAGUUAAAUUAUGUAUUUAUAUAAAAACACAUUAAAAACAUAUUCUGAAUAAUAUUAUUGAUUUAAUUAAUAAUGGAUUCUUUAUAAUGUAUUUCCAUAGUGAUAUUAUUAUUAUGUAUGUGUGAUAAUAAUUUUAUAUAAAUAUCACUUUUUUUAAUAAAAAGGUUAGUAUUCUGUAUUAUCUUUGUAUUAAUGUAUCUAAAUAAGAUAUUUUAAACGUCAAAUAUUAUACUGUAAAGCGAUAGAAUUUUAUUUUUAUAUCUAUUGGGUUGGCAAUUAAGUGAUUACGGAUUUUGUCAUUAGAUGGUAAUGGUAAAAUCCGUAAUCACUUAGUUGUCAAUCCAAUAUUUACUGUAUGCAAUAAGAAAAAUAUGUAUAAUGUAGUCAAGAUAUAUAUUUAUAAGUGUAAAUUAUGAUUAUGAUUAUAGAUGUGUGUGUAAUAAAUUUAUUACAUAUUA